UCGGUAGUCAACCGGAUGUGCCGAACAAUAUUGGCGCGUAAUUUUAAAGAAAAAAUAUUCAGUGCACUGUAAAUACCAAUAUGGAAAGGAGAGAAGAAUUGCUCCACAUUUCUUCCAAGAAUGCAUCCAAAGAACUGUUGGUUUUCGUUUCACACCACAAGAAGAACCUGACGGACAUAUUUGAUGGCUUCACUAAGAAGCAGAUGGAGGAGUUGUGGGCGGGUGUCAAUCAAAUGUGUGCCACCACCCUCCUGACCCUUGACCUGGCCCAAGAUGACCAAAUGGAAGGGGAGAUGCGGGCGGUCCUGGAGACAAUGGAGUGUUUUGUGAUGCUGGCACAGACAACAAUCAGACAGUCCUCCCCACACAUAUCACCCGACCUCAUGUCUACCACCUGUGUCUUACAUGAGCUCCUCCUACACAUGCCUGACUCAGCGGACCGACUGAGGAACAGCGUGUCCUCACUGUUUGAGGAGUGGUGGAGGCUGGGACUGAAUGGUCGGUUUGACCUGGUCACUAACACCCUCAUCUACCUGUUACAGAGGAGUCUAUCCACCAGGGGGAAUGCAAACAGUGUCAAGAGAGUGUGGGCACUUCACUCAGCUCUGGAGUUGGUGGACAUGACCAAUGAAAGUAGUUCCCUGUUUUUUGAUCUUCUGCAGCAGACUGUUGUCAAUAACAACUAUUUGGGAACAGAGGAGGGUCGUCGAUUUCUGGGCUUCAUUAUGACACUGGAUGGUACCUUGACUGGUUGUCUUCACAAGUGUAUCAAGAAUCACAUCCCCACGGCACCCAGCUCUUGGUUGGAGAGAUUUGGUGAGGUGUAUUUUCGAGCCUGGUCCAUAGGAUCCAACCUCACAGAGAAGCUAGAGACUGACUGUAUACAGGACCUGAUGAACCACGCAGUACAUGCCCAGAAGUCUCUGGCCCUGGCCCUCAGACAGGUUUUGACGUACUUCCAUCAGCAGAAGAAGAAAAGUGGAGUGGACACCAUGUUGUUAAAUCUGUACGAGCCAUUUCUUUGGAGGUCCCUGAAGGUGGCUAACCCCGACGUGCGAGGUAAUGCAACCUGGGUACUAGUGGACGCCUUCCCUCUCCUUGACCCAGAUUUCAACACGGAGGAGAAGGACACUCUGCUCCAGAAACAGUUUGACCUCCUACUGAUGCUGUUGGAGGACCCCGUCCCCGGUGUCAGGAGCCAGGCCGUGCUGGGGGUGUUCCGAAUCAUGAGCCUCUUCUGGGAGCUGAUGCCCUCCGUCACCAUCAAAAACAUCAUCACCAAGGUGAUCCAGGACCUGGCGUUUGAUUCGUCAUCAGCGGAUGUCAGAGAGAGUGUUGUCAAGGGCCUGAUCACCCUGGUGGACAAUCACCUCUGUCACCUGAUGCUGAGGCCCAUCCUCCCACAGCUACAGAGCCACAUCCACGACACCUCAGAGAAGGUUCGAGUUGCCAUGGUAAACCUCCUCCUGAAGGUCAAAGGGGUCAGGGCUAUCAAGUUCUGGGAGGUGGUUCCAGUGGAGCACCUGUUAGCCCGCCUGGAAGUGGACACCGCCCCAGUGGUGCGGCGCCUGAUGACCCUCCUCUUCCCCAGCUUUCUCCCCCUGGACAAGAGUGAACAGGAGCAGAUCCCCCGUUGUGUGGCCCUCAUACAGACUAACCCUGGGGCGGCCCGCGUCUUCUUCCGUAAUGCCCAGCACUUUAUGGAUCUCCAACAAACAGCCGGCUACAUGAUAACUCUGUGUAGGAAGAUCUUGGAGUGUAUCAGAGACGAAAGGAUAAGACAGGAGUCCCAAGAUAACUCGCUGAGUGAUACUCAAAACAGUAAUGAGGAGGAAGAUCUGACGGUCCACAAUACGGCGGUGAUGAAGGGCUUCAUAGAGAUCCUAGUGAUCAUGUGGUACAACAUCUCCACAAAACUUCAGGAGACUAGACAUAAGAAAAUUGAGCAAGAUCUUCAGCAGAAGUUUUGUCUGGCUGUGCCAGAGAUGUUAAAAACAUUUGAGGAUCCUGAGAUUUCAUUGGCAGUUAUUCUUUUGGCUGGACACCUUCCAUCAAGUUCUGUUCCUGUACUCAGCCGCAGCUGUCUGUCCAAGCUGAAGAAGAUGACAACAGAGACUGAGGAAUCUCACUACGGCUGUCUGCUGGAGGCCAAGUGUAAGUGGAACAAGAUGGCAGAUCUCCUGGAGCUUCUACAGGAGUGGAUCUCAGCCGGCUUCAGGGGUGGAAAGAAAGAAAGUACAGCCAAGAAGGGUAAGGACAAGAGGAAGUCGGUGACGUUCGCGGAGGAGGAGAACCAGUAUGGACCGGUUCUGGCCGCCCGCUAUCUGACCUACCUGAUCACCCAUCCAGUGUGUCGGGCGGCGGUUCUAUCCCAUCACCCCCGGGAACUGAUCCAGAUACAAGAACAGCUACAGGAGUCCAUGCUUCAUAUGGGUAAUAGAUUGGACCAGACCGGUGACUUUCUGAACGACGAUCUCCUGAUUCAGUAUUUUGUGAUGUACUGUAGACUCACACUGCUUCUGCAGGAUCAAGCACAGGAGGACUUUGAUGGUCUCUCGGCCCUGGUAUCUGUGAUGGAGUGGGCUGAGGACAAAGUUCUACUUCACAUCAACUCCAGCGGGGUGGAGGAAGAGGGCAAAGGUCAGAGGAAGCGCUCCGUUACUUCAUCCGCAACAAAACACAGCUUGUGUGGACAGGUCUUAAAGAGCUUUCUACAGGUGUGCAGUAACUGUUUGUUGGUGGGACUGGGAACUCCAGAAUUUGUGUUGAAACUUUCCAACUUCUGUAGAAAUGCUCUUAAUGAAGAUGAGAAGUUCCUCCUGUUGUCUGACAUCACUUCCUGUUUGUACCAUGUGACUGAGUUUGUCGUGAGUCUGGAGGAGGAGAGCGGUGAGCAGAGCUCGGUGGUUGUAGAUCUCGUCACCGACGUCCUGAUGUCAGCUCAGAGGAAGUCUCAACAGACCACAGACACAGAGAAAGCGAUUGGUGCAAAUAUCAAGGGCCCGGUCACGGAGACCCUGACCUCUGUAUACAACAGAGGGGGGCAGCAGACACUGAAGCAGAGCCUCACGGCCGCCCUCAUCACCACUGUCAUGGACGAGAUGACCCAGGCCAGUGUCAAGGACGUUUUGGAGGGAGUGACAGAGAGCCUAGACAGCCUGCCCCCUGUAUCCUCUCUCCUCACCGGGGUCAUCAGCAAAAAACCCAAAAUAUUACGUAAUUUCCUGGAAGAGUUGGAGUACAGAAUCAAGAGUUGUCCCGCCCCAGAUCUUAACUGUCUACACGGCUGUAUUCACCUUGUCGCCACAAUCGCCAAAUGUAAAUCAAGUUCCUCAGGUCUACAUGAAUGCCUUGUUGCAAUAGACACACACUUCAAAAUUUUUGAUCCACCAGAAGAUGAAGAAAGACGGUAUGUGUAUGACAACGUAACUCAGAAAUUGGAAGAAUGUCAGAAAAUCUUAAACAGGAGUUAGGAGAACGCAGAACAAGAGGGAGAAAAUCUCAAACUAUUGGUUAACAAACGUUUCAAGUUAGCAACUUAGCAUGCAUGUAUGUUUUCAUGAUAAAAUAAAGUCAGAAAGUUUUGAUCAUUAUACGAUUAGUUAAUAUUAUUGUUAAUGCAUAUUGGAAAAAGAGAAAAAAGUGAGAAAAAGUCCAAAUAACAUUGUUACAAGUUUGGUUAUUUAUUGUUUUAAACCACUAAAAAUUAGAUCAGAUGUACAUACUACUGUAUCUAUGAUUAUGAUAAUAUAUCUAUCAUAAUUCACAGCUGUGUGUACAUGAUACUAAAUAUAAAUAGUUAUGAAAAAUCUGACUUUAUGAAAGAGAAAUAAACACUGUUUUUAUUGAACUUUAAAGUUUUAUUUUUUUUUCUCAAUGAGUUUUUACAAAUUCCAACAAAAUAUCAAAGAAAUGUGGCCAUGGAAUACAACAAUAACAUCCUUUUAAGAUGUGUCUGCUUCAUUGAAAUCAAAUCACCCUUCAAUGUACAAAUAUUAGAAACCACAAACGAAGUGUAAUAGAAAUGUGUUAGCUGUACCCCUGUCGUUGAUACAAGGAAGCGCCUAAUGCUGCAAAUUCCAUAUAUAACGGAUUACUUAAUUUCGCGAUUCCACUAUUUUGUAUCAAGUAUCGAGGUUAUAAAGUUGCAAGCACCAUUUUACUGUUAUAAUUUCCUAAAAUUCAAAAUUCUAAAAAAAAAAAAAAAAUAAGAUUCCAGACAU